CCGGUCGUGUGGGACAAGGGCACGCUGCGCGUGGAUCGUGUCGGCGACCCCCGCGCGGGCACCUGGAGGCUCUCCUCAAGGAGCAGGCACUUGCGCAGACAUAGACGUUCGGACCUCCGCGCGGCGUCCUCGGCUCGGCGCUGCCCUCCCCGCCCCCCCCCCCUACCUGCGGCGCGGAGCGCGCCAGGGGCGGCGCCGAAAAGGCGCCUCCAGGGGGGCCCGAGCGCCGACGCAAGAGGCUCCGAAAGUUUAUGUUCGCGCCUUUGUGUUGUUCCUCGACGUCCGUGGAGUUCGCCGCGGCGGUGCCGUGCACGCUCGAGGUCCACGUGCGGUGCCGCGAGAGCCAGGAGGCCGGAUGCGUGGCAUUCCAGCGCCUCGACGCGGCCGGGCCGCCGUCCGUGGCGCAGGCGCUCGGCCCAGGCACGCACACGGCGGUCCUGAGCGAGGAGGCCGUCAACCUCGUGAGGUGGCCACUCCACAGGUAUUGGAAGUACUCCAAGCAAGAGCCAGAUGUCGUCCCGGUGGCGCUUUCGCUUCGGUGCGCCGACGGCACACAGUCCAUCCUGCACGCCUUCUUGGAUCCGGUGACGACCGAGGAGAUGCAGAGCGAUGGCUCUGGCCUCCGCGCCGCCAUCCGGAUGCACAAGGUGGUGGUGCAGGGCGCGGAGUACCUGGUGGAGGAGAUCUACGGGAUCGCGGAGGUGGGCAGGGAAAGCGCCCACGACGAGUCCGGGGUGGGCGAGCCCUGCGUGAUCUGCCUGAGCGAGCCCCGCACCACCGCACUCCUGCCGUGCCGGCACCUGAGCACCUGCGAGGAGUGCGCGAAGCAGCUCAAGGUGCGCGCGGACAGGUGCCCGAUCUGCCGCGCGGAGGUGAAGGGCCUGCAGGCGUUCGACAUGAAGUGACACGGGCAGGGCCGUUUCCUUCACUCACUUCUCGGAUGCACCCUCUCGGUGUCCUCUUGUACUUGAUCAUGGUCCUGUCCGUAACUAUCUAGGUUCUGGCUCGCCAGUGGCGCCUUGCGUGUGCUAGAUUUCACGGAACGCCGCGCCCUCAUCCCCGUCAGGGGAGGCGACAGCGUUGCGCGGCCAGCCGCGGCUGCUUUCGAGCGGCCCCGCCUCGAUUGCGCGAAGCAGCCACCGAUGCAAAAUGCUUUCGUUCCUGCCUUCGUCCCCGUGCCUCCUCCGCCUCCUCCUCCUCCAUUC